UCUCCCUCCGUGGCCCCGCCCCGCCGGGAGAGCGCGAUGGCGGCGCGCGCCCGCGGCAGCACCUGAGCGCAGGAUGAAGGAGUGGUGGCUGCAGCUGGGGCUGCUGGCCGUGCCCCUCCUCGCCGUCUACCUGCACAUCCCGCCCCCGCAGCUGUCCCCGGCGCUGCGCUCCUGGAGAUCCUCGGGGAGCUUCUUCACCUACAAGGACCUGCACAUCUUCUACAGAGAUUCCAGCGGCGCCGUGGGCAGCUCCGAUGUCGUGGUGCUCCUGCACGGAUUCCCAACGUCCAGCUACGACUGGAGCAAGAUCUGGGAAGGGCUGACCCAGCGCUUUCACCGGGUGAUUGCCCUGGAUUUCCUGGGAUUUGGAUUCAGUGACAAGCCUAGGCCCCAUGGCUACUCCAUCUUCGAGCAGGCCACCAUCGUGGAGGGGCUGCUGCGGCACCUCGGGCUGCGGCACCAGAGGAUCAACCUGCUGUCCCACGACUACGGGGACACGGUGGCCCAGGAGCUGCUCCACAGGUAUGAGCACAACAAAACUGGAAGCAUCCUGAUCAACAGCCUCUGUUUGUCCAAUGGAGGGAUUUUUCCAGAAACCCACUACCCCCGCUUCAUCCAGACGCUCCUCAAGGAUGGGGGGUUGCUGUCCCCCAUCAUCCUACGGCUCAUGAACUUCUUCUUCUUCUCUGGAGGGCUUGGAGCAGUUUUUGGGCCCUACACUCAGCCCUCCCAGGCAGAAUUCUGGGAUAUGUGGACAGCAGUGCGGAAUAACGAUGGGAAUCUGGUUAUGGACAGUGUCUUGCAGUACAUAAACCAGAGAAAGAAGCACAGAGAGCGCUGGGUUGGGGCUCUGAUGUCUACCUCAGUCCCAUUGCAUCUCAUCUAUGGGCCCCUGGACCCUGUGAAUCCACACCCAGAGUUCCUCCAGCUUUACAAGAAGGUGCUUCCCAUGUCCACAGUGUCUGUGCUGGAUGAUCACAUCAGCCACUACCCCCAGCUGGAGGAUCCCACAGGAUUCCUGAAUGCCUACCUGAACUUCAUCAACUCCUUCUGAGCUGCUGCAGCUCAAUUUUCACUUUUUUUUCAGAAAAAAAAAAAGAUUUUUCUCUUCCACAUGCAGCACUGUGCUCACACCCUCAUCCUGGGCUGCCAAACUGAGUGAAAUUCUUGGAGAAUUGGAAAAAUGAGGGGAAAAAAAAGCAGGAUGCUGGCAGCUCCUCCAGCCCUGCACUCCCCUUCUUGCUCAGCUAAACUCUCUAAAUAGAGAAGCAGAGGUUUAAAUUAACAUGAAAUCAGAAUUUCUUCCUUGUUCCCUCACACAAUCCCUCCCAUCCCAGUUUUCCAUGUGGGAUUUUUCCCAAUUUUACCCAGGAAAAGGCUGCCCUGAGCUUUGGUUGUUACCUGACAUAAAGCUCAGAGAAUUGAAUCUGCCUCAAGAGAUGGAGUUGAAUCUCUCUCUCUCUCUCUCUGUACAUUGAUUUUUCUGUGUGGAAGAAGAGACAGUCACAAAAAUGUUGCAAAGGUGGAGGUUUGAGGUGGUUUUU